AUGGCCGCCCCUGCAUCCGCUGCUACAAACAUGAAUAAUCAGAUACAGGGAGCGUCUUAUAUGACAAACUUACCGAGGCCGCCUACACUUGGGAUCAGUGACGAGCUAUGGGCGGCGUGGCCGGACGAAAUGAAGGCCCGGUGCUACAAUGACUUGGGUAUAUACCCAUUUCCUGUCAUUACAAACGAAACAACACAAAAUGUGGUCGCCCUGUCGAACCAGGACAUCGUCAAUCAGCUCACCCAUAUGUCGGAGCAUUUUGAAGUGCGCGUGAGCGCUCUUGAGGCUGGUCGGGUGGUGCCGGCGAGUGGAGGAGCCGAGGGGGUGGGUCCUCAGCGAGGGAGCGGCGGGCAGGGUGCACAGGGAGAGCAGGGUGCACGGGGGGGUCGUCGUGGACGUGGACGUGGACGCGGACGCGGACGCAGACGUGGUCAGGGAGCACUGGCCACGCUCGACCACAUGGAGCUGAGAGUGGGUCAGUACGACAAGGAUGCAGAGGACAUAUGCGGCAAACCUAAGGCUAUGAAGGAGCCGGCGACCCGGGUCGCUCGCAAAGACCUAAUAGACUUCAUAGCGCCCGCGUUUUGGCUUGUAUGCGGUGUCCUGUUCGGCGAACGCUGGCCCGAUCCUGCGGUUAGCCGGAUUAAUCCCAAAACAGAUGCCGCAUACGUGACACCGUACUUUGAGAUGGGGGUCGACGAUCCUCGGAACAGCGUGGUCUUGAAAGCAAUCGCCCAGUCUGUCUGGGACGACUUCUCUGAUGCUGAUAAUAUCCCGGUGUCAUUGAAGAACCGAAAGGUGAAGUGGGACAAACUGAGUAUCGAGACGCUGGCAAAGGUGUCAUUCAGAGGAUUCAGACACGAGUGGUCGAAGCAGAACAAUCCCGACGUUGCGAGCAGGGAUGCUGCUUCGGCACAGCGCACCAGACACUACAGUCGUCGCGUUGAAAAAGCAGACAACCGCAUGAAGAUGGCGGCUGAAUAUGCCCGUCAGAAUGACGACGCAGACCCAAGCGAGGCUAUCCACCAGGAAUACAUGUCGGAUGAGGUUUCGGGCCCCGAGGAGGGCUCAGACGAGACGCCAGAGGCGUGGAAGGUACGGUUGGCGCAGCAAAUUGGUAUGCCGACGUCUGGCGACGUUUUCGACCAGACGAGCUUCUUUGAAGUCUUGGCGUGUGAGUGGAGGAGCUAUGAGGGCAACGUGCUUUUUCAAAGGCUGUCGGACAUGUACCGUGAUUCACUGUCGCCGAAGGACAAGCAGAAAAUUGAAAAGGUUCGAGUCAGAACUGCCCGUGUGUCGACUCGAAUCCCGGAACGCGCACCUUGGGACUUCCUGAUAUGCCUGGCUUGGGUCAUUUUCAAGCUUGAGGACGCUCGCGUUGCGGAGCUUUACGGACUAAAACUGUGGUUUGAGUGGGGUAAUCCAGUCGGAAUGAAGAUCACAAGCGAACUCACUGUGGAAGGAGCGGCGGGGACGGGCGAGCAAGGAGCUGGUCAGGGGAGUGGUGGGGUUGGAAAUGGCGGUGAACUAACCGGAGAUGGAACGAGCACUGGGAGCGAGACACCUGGUGGAAAUGGGGCAGGGGGAGGCGAUGCGAGUGGAGGCGAAGUAGGUGGUGGUAAUGCUGAGAACGGACAGGGCGAAGGGACCGCUGGAACAAGUGCCAUGCAAAGUGGCCCAAGCAUGUAA